AUGACCGCGGAAGUUUGCCGUGAUUUGAGGCAGUGGUUGCAGAAGUUGGCUGAACUUCUAUCUUUCUACCACAUGUUCAUCCUGGAUUCUGAGCGUGAAAAGCGGUGUUUGCGGGAAAAGCUGAAGGUGGCUGAAGCCAAAAUUCAAGAGAACGAGGAGUCCCACGGGGAGGCCUUGAGGCGCUCCAAAGCCACUGAUGAGAGGAAUGAGUUCAAGAUGAAACGAAGAGCGGAGGCACUUUUGGGAAUCAACCUCAACGAUGAGGAAGAGAAUAUCUACAGCCAGCGAGAGGUGGAUGAGCUGUACAAUAAAUGGACAGAGCAGUAUGUCACGCCAUUGCUGGAGGAGUUGGAGGAAUUACGAGCCGAACUCGAGCGGAUGGGAUUGAAGAGGCAUACGGCGAUGAUUAAGCCUCCGGAGCUGCUGCCUAUGGUAAGCCAAACGCCCGGUGCACCACAGACUGCACCAUCUGCACCAGGACGAGAUGAUGACUUUCGGGCUGAGUUGGAGCGAUUGCGCGCUCAGCUGGAAGCUGAGCUUCGGGCUGCCCGGGAGGAAGCUGAACGGCAAAGACUAAGGGCGGAACAAGCGUUGGAGAAGUUGGAAGAAGAAGCGAAAAGAGCUGAUGGCUUGAUGGCUGAAAUGCGGAAAAAGCUGAAGACUAUGCAAUCUGUGCUGCAGAAAACGGGCCUACAUAAAGAAGCCGAAGAAGCACUGGAUGCGUCGGGUCUUACCGGUUUCGUGAAAGGCCGUGAUGUCUUUGAACGAUUGUAUCAAGAUGCUUUGCGGCGCAUGCGUGUUCAGGCCGAGAACCAAAUGCGUUUGCUUGGUAAUUCGUCAGCUGCUUUUCUACACAUUCUUCAGUGCUUGGCCAUGCAUCCGAUGGCAGCAGUCAAUGCCGCGUUGGAACUUCAUGGUGCUGCUGUCCUUCUGUCAUCUCCUUUGCAGGUAGGGUACUCGCAGAAGGACCAGACCAAAGAUCAGUGUGCAAAGGAAAGGGAGGGCGCUGGCGAAGGCGCUGGCGAAGGCGCUGGCGCCCUGGAAGCCAAGCCAGUGAGACCAAGAAGCGAAAGAAUCAAGACCUCGAUGCGAUCGAUGCGAUCGCUCGGCUCCUUGGGCUCCUUCGAGGCCAAAAAGAUCCAGGGCAUUGCCAAACGUGGCAUCAAUCGAGCAGCAACUCUUGGCUCAGGUCCUGGGCAGGCUUGGACUUCACAAACCCUGAGGCAAACAGUGUUCCCUGGACCUGGAGAGUCCUCCACGCACGAUCUCCCAGGGCCUGAGAUAUGCGGAAGGGCUCUACAGACUCCAGUCAAACAGGGCACUCAGAGUGGUUUGCUUCCGAGGACACGGCCCGGCACUGGCAACAUGCGUUCACGACCAGUUGCCUCAUCCGAGCGGCCAGCCAGUGGACGAGCCAAGACUUCACCAAUGCUGACAGUCAGCCGCCUCUCAGGGCACUUUUGA